CACUUGCGAGUACUAGGUUAAAUGCAGAUUUCUAUUAAGAAUGUGGCUGGAAAAACAAUGUUAAACCUAGAAGUCAAUAGCUCCAAAUCGAUCGACUUCGAAAUCGGCGAAGAAGACACAACCCUUAGUCAUUAUAAUAAAGCCACAAAGAUUUCCAAAAAGAUUGUGGAUGGAAAGAUGACGAUAAACCUAGAGGUGGCUAGCUCCAAAAGCAUCGACCUUAGGAUCAGUCAAGUCAUGCAAAUUUUUGUAAAGAAUUUGAAAGGAAAGAGCAUUGUCAUAAAUGUGGCCAGCUUCGACACCAUUGACAACCUCAAGGACCAGAUCCAAGACAAGGAAGGUAUCCCACCGGACCAGCAGAGAUUGAUCUUCGCUGGAAAGACUCUUGAGGAUGGUCACACCUUGGCCUACUACAACAUUCAGAAGGAGUCGACCCUUCACUUAGUACUGCGUCUGAGAUCGAACGUUCGUAAUGGUCAACUCAUGCAGAUUUUUGUGAAGACAUUGACAGGAAAGUUCAUCCCCUUGAAGUGCGAAGACGUUGACACCAUCAAAAACGUCAAGGCCAAGAUCCAGGAUAAAGAGGGCAUUCCGCUUGACAAGCAGAUGCUGAUCCUUGCUAGCAAACAGCUUGAGGAUGGUUGGACAGUGGCUGACUAUAACAUCAAGACGGACUCGAUCAUUCACUUGAUACAACGUCAUUAAGACUUGAGACUGUGGCGAUGUUGGUGCUUAAUGCUUUUUGUAAAGACAAUUACAGGAAAGUUAAUCCACUUGAUAUGUGAAGGUUCCGACACCAUCGAUAACGUCAAGGCUAAGAUCCAAGAUAAAGAGGGUAUUCCGCCGGACCAGCAGAGACUGAUAUUUGCUGGCAAACAGCUUGAGGAUGGUCGGACAUUGGCUGACUACAAUAUCAAGAAGGGUUCGACCAUUCACUUGGUUUUACGUCUCUAAAACUGGUGGCGAUGU